CCUUGCGCGAUUCAAUACAUAUUAACACGACUUCUAUAUAAAUAUCGUGUCGAAACAUUGACAGACAUCAGUCUGUUCUUGGGUUCGUUUCUUUAGCGAUUUAAACUUUCAAGAUGAAGUCUCUUCUGUUGACGGUCGUCUGCCUCUUCCUAGUUGCGGCAGUGGUACGUAGCGACAGUCACGAGGCAAACGAAAAAUUCGGGGAGUUAAUGAAGGAUCACGUAGAAUCGUGUGCCGAGGAACACAACAUUUCACCGACCGAUAUGGAUAAAUUCGCUGACAUCAAUUUGGAGGGCGAAGAGAGAAAAAAGUUCGGAUGUAUGAAAGCGUGCAUUAUGAGAGGAAUGGACAUCAUGGAUGGCACCGCUAUAAAGAUAGAGACUGUAAAAGAAUUGAUCGAAAAAGUGUACACGGAUGACGAUAUAAUAGCCAAACAAGUCAAGGUUGCCGAAGACUGUAUCGAAGAAGUUAAAGACAAAACCGACGAAUGCGACAUUGGCUUCGAAUUUAUACGCUGCACUAAGAUCAAGUCGAAGGAUGAAUAAUGUGUUUUCUGUAACGAAAAUAACUACGUGUCUUAACGAAUGUGUUGAGAAUCGACGAAUAACACUUAAUAAUUGUCAAACCUCGAGCAAAAUAACAGAUAGAUAAGAA